GAGCUCCUGAGAGCGACCCAUUCUUUCACCAAUGUUUGUAGAAGCCGUCUGCAUGCCUAGGGGCUUGAUUGUAUACACCUGUGUCCAUGGAGGGGGAGGGGGAGGGGGAACACCUGAAUCACAUGAUAUGGAGGGGAUUGGAACACCCGAAUCACAUGAUAUGGAGGGGAUUGGAACACCUGAAUCACAUGAUUGGGAGGGGAUUGGAACACCUGAAUCAUAUGAUAUGGAGAGGAUUGGAACACCUGAAUCACAUGAUAUGGAUGGGAUUGGAACACCUGAAUCACAUGAUUGGGAGGGGAUUGGAACACCUGAAUCACAUGAUUGGGAGGGGAUUGGAACACCUGAAUCACAUGAUAUGGAGGGGAUUGGAACACCUGAAUCACAUGAUUUGGAGGGAUUGGAACACCUGAAUCACAUGAUUUGGAGGGGAUUGGAACACCUGAAUCACAUGAUUUGGAGGGGAUUGGAACACCUGAAUCACAUGAUUUGGAGGGGAUUGGAACACAAAGCAAACCUACUGUUUUGUCCUGCAUGUGGUAACACUGGUUCACUUGAAUAUAUUAACAUAUUGGGCAGCAACCUGGACUUCAACCUUCAGUAGUUUAGUGUAUUUGGAUCAAUGA